GAAAGUGUCCAUACGGCGAUCUGUAAUUAAGUUAUCUGCCGGUUUUUAAUUUUUUUUGUUGUUGUAUUUUUGUUCUGUAAAAGCCACUAUGUCGAGUGUAAUGCAUCCUCCUGAGAGCAUUUAUAACCUUAUUCCCAGAGAGGAGGAAAAAAUUGAAAAAGCUCCCAGGUACACGUCGAGGUUCAGAGAGCAGGUGAAGGAGGAGAAGAAGCAGAAUAAAGAGUCCAACAAGACGAUGGGUCCGGCUAAAGUGGAAAUGCCUUCUCCAGAUAAAUACCUGCUGAAACACUCCAGAGAUCCCAAACUUUCUGAGAAAAAGCCUUUCUCAUACAGAGACGAAAUCCAGCCCAGGAAGCCUAGGAUACCCGCUAAAACCGAGCAGCCACUCAGGGGCAUCCAAACCAAAAAAGACUUUGUGAGAAUUAACGCAGUGGAGAACAUAAUGGCGGUUCCGCGUAAACCUCCGCCUGCGUACGCACACACCAAACACGGAGACAAAGAGCUGCUGGAGAACUCGGGCCUCGUCCCGAAGUACCUCAAGAAACAGGAUUACGGCCAGACCCCAGAGUACCUGAGCCACAGGCAGGAGGAGGUGAGGAGGGCACAGGAGGAGUACGAUCGCUACGUGAAGGAGAAGAUGAAGGAGGGAGCCAUGAAGCAACUCUCUGAGAAGGAACGCCUGGAUAUCCUACACGGUCUGAAAAAGAACUGGGAUGAGCUCCAUCAUCAGUACCAAGACCUGUCUGUGAUCACGGACACACUGCCUAAGAAAAACAGGAAGGAGAGACUGGAGUCAGAAAUGAAGCAGCUGGAGAAGGACAUCGAGAUGAUCGAGAGAUUCAAAACCAUCUACAUCGGUAAAAACUGAUCCCCACACGCCGACAUCGCAGAAGAACCACAUCCGCGAUAUAUACUGCCCUCACCUGGUCACCAGCAUGUGCUUUAACUCUGUUAGCAUUUCUAAAAGCAUCGUCUUGCUCUCAUAAAGAGAAAUAAAGCUUUUUAAAACG